AUGGACAAGGCCAAGCAUGUUGACCGUUUUGAGUUGAUAGGAUAAGUUCUUGGUUGGCUAAGCAUUAUGGGUACUGCAGUUCACAAACAGUUGGAUUGCCAAAAUUAGCCUUUACUGCUCAGAAAUGACCAAGCACUCUCCAGUUUCCCAAACUCACAUCAUGACAUUAAAUCUACUGUCUGCCUCCAAAUAUAUGUAUUUUCAACCCAGAUCACCUUGAAAAUAUGCUCUUAAAGUAUGACUGUACGAGCUGAUAAACACGGCAGGUGUUCGAGUGCCCUCAUACAUGCUCAUCAUUCCGCAGUUCGGUAUACCCAGUGAUGAAUGGUCCUUUCAAAGGAGCUCUUUGUUUAUAGUUGUCCUAGUAAUGUGCCUCGUGCAGAGAAUAUAGGCAGACUAUAGAUAUGACUAAUGCUUUGUUUUUUUUCCUUUUCUUUAUCAUUUGGGCAUAUGAAUGCUGUCACUGCCGAUUCUAUUCAAGGUUAUUAACUGAAGUGAGAAAUCAAAGUAAAUGUAAAGUGAAUUUUAGAUUUAAACACAAAUCUGUCUUCCUAAUGCUAUAGUGUCCCUGUCCCUAUUUGUUUUCAGGUCCCCCACGAUCAUUAUAAUAAAAAAGGAAGAAACAAGUUUACUCACCUUUUUCUAGCGCCGAGGGUCCCUCGGCAUGGCCCCCUCCGCCAGUUUCUCAUAGAGGAGCAUUGAGGACUUACAGCACAUGCACUGCAACCGCCACACGCGCAUUCUAACUUCUCCAAAGGAAAGCACUGAAGCAGUGCUUUACUUUUGGGGCUUCCGCAUCGCGUGACCGAGUUUUACUCAUAUUGACAGCCACUAGAGGUGUAUUAACCUUGUAAUGUAAACAUUCUAAGAAAACUGCAACAUUCUAUUUACAGGGUUAAAAUGAUAGUAGCACUGCACCAAGUUGGCUUCAUCUCAAUGAAGAUCUCAGUGACUAUAGUGUUCCUUUCAGGCUAGAGUAGCUAAACUGAUAGCAUAACUGACUGAGAGAAUUUUUCCAGUUCAGCUAAUUUGGUCUUAAAUGUUAAAUUCACUUUGAAUUCUCACUAGUGAAUAACCAGGUAUUGUGUUUCCCAAACACUGCAUGAAUUCGAUUACCCCGUAACGAGUCUUUUCCACAUUGUCAGACAAGCACUGAGUGGGAUCCACUUACCUGUGACUCGGAAUCUUAGCAAAUAAUUGUUUUGUGCAAAGCUCAGGUUUCGUGAAACCCAAGGCGGCUCUGAUCCUGCGAUGAGGCUGCUGAAACCUCGAGCCCUGAGAUGUGUGGCCACUCAAUGACCUCCGACCAUGGUAAUGAACAGGGCGGGCGUUCGCGUCCCUGAUGACUGUAAGCUCUUCGAUACCACUUUUCCACUUUGUUAGGGCUAAUUCAAUAAAUUAGAAAUUGCUUUAAAUUGAUCAGGAAAUUGGAAAAAAAUUAUCAAACUGCAUCCAUCUUCAACAGUGACGUCACCUGUGCAUUAUUCGUAAUGUACUGUUUAUCUGCCACGGCACAGUAUCAGGACCCCUAAUCUCUGGCACCGGCAGCACUUGUCAUAUAUCGUGUGUGUGUAUAUAUAUAUAUAUAAUGUAUAUUUAUAAUUUAGAAUUGAAUUUUCUUUUGCGCACAACUUCAUAUUUCCAUAUUCCAUAUCUCAAUACUGGCUUGAGAACAGGCGCAAUCCUCUUUAUAUAGUACACAAAAUAAUAUAUUUAAUCAAAAAUGUAUGAUUUUAAAAAAAAAUGUCUUCUAUUCUAUUUCUGUAUUGAAUGUUUUCAGCAUUGCAUUGUAUAAAACCUGUCCUGUUUAAUCCCUUGGAUGCCACAUUCUGUUGCACUUAUGUAUAUAUUUCCUAAAAGGAAGAAACAUAUUAUUUGAAUAUGGGACCUGUCUAUUUUUAUUUAAUAGGUUACCUCACACUUCUUUAAUAAGAUAGGCCAGAAGGGAAGCUGAGCAUGCUGGCUGACUCACACAGGAAGGAAUAAGCAGUGUGGGUAACCCUAGAAUGUGUCAGCUGGUAAAUCCAGCAUCUUCUGUAUGGGUUGGCAUGAGGACUAAUAAUCAGAAAGGAAUGAUUACACACUGGGUGCAGGGUGCCCACCAUGCAUGGCCCUCACACCUGUCCCAAUUGGUAAUCCUGCCUGUAGCUGCCCCAGUCCUGUUAACCCACUCCUCCCCAUGCAGCACUAGUCCUGUGAUCCUGACCACCUACAGGGAUAGGCAACCUUCGGCACUCCAGAUGUUGUGGACUACAUCCCCUAUAAUGCUCUUACACCCAUAAUGCUGGCAAGGCAUCAUGGGAGGUGUAGUCCAAAACAUCUGGAGUGCCGAGGGUUGCCUAUGCCUGACCUAGGAUAUCAUGUGCUGACUGUACAGGGAGAAUGUGUGGGUGAGCUCAGUCUGCAUCACCUGGGCUGUCACUCAGCAAUUAGUUUGUGUCUGAAUCACAGGCUGCCAGAACACACAUAAUCAAAUGACAAUUCAUUAGGGGAUUUCUGGCUAAUGAAACCUUGAGUACAUCGUAUCAGCUGAGGCUAAUGUAUCACUAAUUAAAGGCAGUAAUGCCCCAAAGUGUUUGUCACGGCGAAUCCUGGCACUGUGUAUGUGUGUACUGUAGCUAAGCAUCAUGGGAUAUGUAGUCAUUAUUAUCUGCAGUGUUAAGUUUAGCCAUCACUGCUCUGACAUUGAAUAAUUGUGCAAUGUUUUCUGGCUUCCUGGGACAUUGUCAUUGUCUCAGAUUUAUUCCAGUUAUAUUGUAUCCAAAUAUUGUCAUAUUGUUUCAUGUCUCAAUAAGGUGACGUAUGAUCAGAACAUUUAGAUUGCAUUGGUGCUUUAAGCAAUCCUCUCUAUAGACAUAUAAAAUGCAGAAUGUGUUCAGUGCUGUAUUGGUGGAGAUGUAAUACACCCUGUUUGUGAAUCUGAGAGCAGAAGAGAUGCUCUGAGCUGCCAUCAGGAUCAGGAUUCAGUGCUGGAGCUGUGACUAAGCACAGACCCUGUGAUGUCACUAUCUGGACCGAUAUGGAAGUUGGGAGGAUCCAGGCUCCACACUGGCUGUGCUGGGUGUGACGUCACGAAGAGUGGCUGCAAAAAGGAUACAUAAGGGGUAAAGCUGAGUGCAUGAGGCUCAGAAGGGAACCUCUAGUGAAAGCAGGCAAUACCUCUAGGACAAGUACAGAACACAACUGGAAGGGAAUAUCAAUCUAUCACAAGGAUAUUAAAUCAGCUCAGCACCCCUGGAAGUAAGUCUUAAUGUUUUUAUUUCUUUAUCAGCCUUGUCAUUUGUAUUAAACCAUAUGUACUUACAUGAGUGCUGAUCAGAACUUAUCUUGGUGAAUUCAUUCAGGACAGUAAUGUCAUGCAUUGCACUUAUUGGGUUUCUGUGCAACUUGAUACCUGGUUGCAUUCACUAGCUGCUAAUGUCAGAAUAUUUAGCAGUGGGGACUCCUGCUGUUAUUGUAACUGGAGGACAGAUGGAUAUAUAAGGUUAGAAUGAUCUGUAUCACCUAGUGAUCUUUAAUAAGUUACUUUUUCUACAGAGGGGGGUGGGGGGUAGUUGAGGGCAGUUUAAUUCAAUAAAUGAAUAAAAAUGAAAUGUUCAUGAUUGCCAAUGUACAGGAGGUGACAGAAUGGACCAGGGGAGCAAUAUAGCUGUGCGAUGAUUCAUCCAUGAGUAAGAUGCUCAUAUGAGAUUGGGGUGGGAGGAUAAUUUAUAAUGCAGGUUUUGGAAUAAGAUAGGAUGUCUGUAGAGGUGGAAUGACUGACAUCUGCAUAAUCAGACAACAAAGUGUGCAGCUCAUGUGGGAGGCUCAGAAUAACUAUUGUAAAGGUGUUUAAAUUGGUAUGUGAAUGCACUUUAUCUAAUUUAUAAAGACAUAUGCAAUUCACAAUGGUUCUAGGGCAAAGUUCUAAAUAGGAAGCAAUCACCAUGGAAACCAGUAGAAUACAUCUCACCAUUUAGAACUUUGCACUUGUCUUGCUAAACCUCCACUAAAGGAGGUCAUUCACUAAACAGUUUUCAAAUUGCAACAUUCAGGUCAAAAUAGUUAGUUGAAUAAAUCACCAACUUGACUGUAGAUUCACAGAUUGGCUGUUUUAGCAUAAAUGUCUAGAGUGAAAUGAGUUGUUUAGUGAAUAGAUCCUAAAAUAUUCUGUCAGUAUGAAACGGUCCUGGUUAAAGGACGUUUCCUUUUCUCAGUAGUGUUUGUGGUUAUGGUAAUAACAGAUGACAGGAAUCUGUUUGAUAGAUGCUCCUGGAAGUCUAUGAAUUAAUGUCUGGGGUAUGUCCUUUUUCCUCUCUCCUCUUAGAAAUGACCCUGAACCGCAGUGAUCGUUUUAAGAAUCUGGAGAAGAGACGAGGAAGCAUGCCCUUUUCUAUGCACCAGCAGCUGCACCGAAGGAGCAUGCCAGUGGACGACAAGGAGUUGCACGGCAAUGCCCCUGCCAGGGAUCUUGCCCAGUUGGUGCGAUGUCCAUCUUACAACCCUGGAGAUGAACACCGGGAAGGCUGGCACUCUGACUCGUCAGACUCUGUCAUCUCCUCCAGCAGUGACUCCGAAGACCAUGUGUUCAAAGUCAUCCUGCUGGGUGAACACGGGGUGGGGAAGUCCAGUCUGGCCAGGAUUUUCGGGGGCGUGGAAGACUUACACGAUGUAGAAGAAGCAGGUAAGCCUUAAAAUACUGCCUUAAGUGAGUGCGUAAACACAUGGCUAGCAGGUUACUUCUAAGCCAUAUCCAUAAAAAUAUGAAAACACAAUUGGCAUCUAAAAGUGGCAUUCUAGUCUGAUGCCAAAGUCAGAGGUCUAUAUAUGUAGAUAUUCAUAAUACACACUAUAAUAUUUUAUGUAAAAUAAAUGUAAUUAUUAGAUAAUUCAGUUAAUACGAAAAGACCGAGCACAGGGAAUCAAGAGAACAAGUUAUACAGUAUUGGCUCUCACUUAUUCACAUCAUUGCCACUGGUUCAGGAAGUGGCUCGUUGUGUUGGAGAUGUAGCCUUAGAGCAUAAAGUUUGCCUUUUCUUUUGAUAGAGAUAGUGAUGUCGUCAGCUGUCAUCUACAUGCACAAUGUUUACUAGAGACUCUCCCAAUGAAGGCUAAUUUUAGCAGCACUUACAGUGUAGGCCGAUGAUAAUCAUGUUCUGCAUGACAGCUAAUCAGUAUGACACUGUUCUGAACAUAAUCCUAAUGUAUGAUGAUAAUGAGGCUCCGGCUUCCAAUUCCCAUCAAGAAAAAUAAUGUUUUUCCUAUAUCUUUUUUUUUCUGUAGGAAAUACAUAUGACCGAUCUGUCGUAGUGGAUGGUGAAGAAGCUUGUCUAUUGGUCUUUGAUAUAUGGGAACAGGUAUGUUAUAGUUCAUAUAUUAAAAUACAUAUAAUCUUUAAUGCCAGGAUUACACAAAUGACAUUUAAAUAACAGCCUGUAUUGGUUUGGUUUCAGGAUAAUACCCACUGGCUCCAUAACCAGUGCAUGAAAAUGGGAGACGCCUAUGUCAUUGUCUAUUCAGUGACCGACAAAGCCAGUUUUGAGAAGGCAUCGGAGCUCAGAAUCCAACUGAGACGGGCAAGGCAAAGCGAGGACAUCCCAAUCAUUCUAGUAGGAAACAAAAGCGACUUGGUCCGGUCAAGAGAAGUCUCGGUGGAAGGUAAAGAUUAAACAAAACCUCAGUUCUUCCUGAAAAUUAUCUAAACCAGGUUAAUUGAGUCCUGACAGUGAUCCACUCCAUACACUAUUACAGGUAGUUCUUGGAUUAGCACAAAAAGCAGCUUUCAGAGUCAGACAGGACCAUCAUUAUUUAAUGUCAAAUCCAUCAAUGCAAAGCCGUUUGCAAACAAUGAGAGCCCCCCUCUUUGCUAACAAUGAGAGCCCCCCUCAUUGCCAAUAAUAAGAGCCCCCUUCCCCUUUGCUAAUAAUGAGAGGCCCUCCUCCAUUGCUAACAAUGAGAGCCCCCCAUUGCUAUCAAAGAGAGCUCUUGCCAUGCAGGAGAGCCUCCAUUGGUGCUAAUAGUGAGAGCCAUUCUCAACAAAUAUGUAAUAAAUUUAGAAUUUAGUGGUAAGACCCAAAGAUUUCAAUUUGGUUUUAAUUAAUGAAUAUAUUGUCCAACACGAUAAUUGACUAGAGUGUGAAUUCAAUGUGAAUUUCAGAUUUAGGUGCACUGUGCCCCUCAUGGGACUUUGUAUAAUCUGCAAAGACCACCGAAAGUGAUAUCGCCACUACUUGCACCUAGUUUAUCUCGGAUAUCUGAGCUGGAAAAGUUCUCAAAGUCAGCAAUCCUUGCGUCAUGGCUAAUCUGGCUUUAAAUUCACUUUGAAUUCCCACUUUAGUAAAUAAAUUUGUAAGUGUUGUCAUAUUUGAAUUGUGUUCAGAUUUGUAAUGUCUUCGUUUUAAUCUUUCAGAGGGACGUGCAUGUGCUGUUGUGUUCGACUGCAAAUUCAUAGAGACCUCUGCGGCCCUUCAUCACAAUGUGAAGGACCUCUUUGAAGGAAUUGUGCGUCAAAUCAGACUGCGCAAAGACAGCAAAGAGGACAACGCUAGAAGAAUGGCCAGCAGCAAGAGGCGAGAAAGCAUCAGCAAAAAGGCCAAGAGAUUCCUUGGGAAGAUUGUAGCGAAAAAUAACAAGAAAAUGGCAUUCAAGCAGAAGUCAAAAUCAUGCCAUGACUUAUCCGUGCUUUGA